UGUCUCUCAGCCUCUCUCUCCCCCUCGCCCUCUCAGCCUGUCGGAGGGUGUGUGGAGCGUUGCCUCUGCCCUCCCCUCUGCUGGUCACUGUUUAACCAGGGCAACAACUGCCUACCCAGCAGUCUCGCAACUGUCACUUACAGGUCACACACAUCUCUGCACCAUGGAGGCUCCGCAAGUGAGACAGAGACGUAUAUCAGAGAACAUGGCGCAGCUGAUGCAGGACCUGGGACCGGCUUUCGUCCAACGGCAGCAGCUGAAUGCCUCAAUGGCCGACACCUUCCUGGAUCACAUGUGUCUGUUGGACAUUGACUCGGAGCCCAUAACGGCCAGAAACACCAGCAUUGUCUGUACCAUCGGUCCAGCCUCGCGCUCUGUGGAAAUGCUGAAGGAGAUGAUAAAGGCUGGGAUGAACAUCGCUCGUCUGAACUUCUCUCACGGGAGCCAUGAGUACCACGCUGGGUCUAUUCACAAUAUUCGGGAAGCCACCGAGAGCUUUGCCUCAAAUCCCAUUCACUACCGGCCUGUGGCUAUCGCUCUGGACACCAAGGGGCCAGAAAUCCGAACUGGGGUCAUCAAGACGGGGGAGAACACAGAGGUGGAGCUGAUGAAAGGCUCAAUUAUGAAAGUGACUAAUGACGAGUCCUUCAAGGAUAAGUGUGACGAGAAGAUCCUGUGGGUGGAUUAUAAGAACAUCUGUAAAGUUGUGAAGGUCGGAGGCAGGAUUUUUGUGGACGAUGGACUGAUUUCUCUGUUGGUUAGAGAGAUUGGCCCUGAUUACUGCAUGGCUGAAGUGGAGAAUGGGGGUAACCUGUGCAGUAAGAAAGGGGUGAAUUUGCCUGGGGCUCCGGUGGACCUUCCUGCAUUAUCGGAGAGAGAUUGCCUGGACUUGAAGUUUGGGAUUGAGCAGGGAGUAGACAUGGUAUUUGCUUCCUUCAUUCGCAAGGCGCAAGAUGUACACGCCAUUCGCAAGGAACUGGGAGAAAAAGGUCGGAAUAUUCGCAUCAUCAGCAAAAUAGAAAAUCAUGAGGGAGUCAAGAGGUUCGAUGAGAUUCUCGAGGCCAGUGAUGGGAUAAUGGUGGCCCGGGGUGAUCUCGGCAUUGAAAUUCCAGCAGAGAAGGUUUUCUUGGCACAGAAAAUGAUGAUUGGACGUUGCAACAGAGCCGGGAAGCCAGUGAUCUGUGCCACGCAGAUGUUGGAGAGUAUGAUCAAGAAGCCUCGUCCGACCCGUGCGGAGAGCAGUGAUGUGGCCAAUGCUGUGCUGGAUGGAGCUGACUGUAUCAUGUUGUCUGGAGAGACUGCCAAGGGCCUGUACCCAGUGGAGUCUGUACACAUGCAGCAUGCGAUUGCCCGGGAGGCUGAGGCAGCGAUCUACAAUCGCCAGCUGUUUGAGGAACUCAGACGAGUGACCCCACUGACCCAGGAUCCCACAGAGGUGACUGCCAUAGGGGCUGUAGAGGCCUCGUUUAAAUGCUGUGCUGGAGCCAUCAUUGUCCUGACCACGUCUGGCCGGUCUGCGCAACUCCUUUCUCGUUACCGCCCUCGUGCUCCCAUCAUUGCAGUGACACGUAGUGCCCAGGUGGGGCGCCAGGCUCAUCUCAACCGCGGGGUCUUCCCUGUCCUGUACCAGGAGGCGCAGCUGGAAGUUUGGGCUGAUGAUGUGGAUCGUAGGGUGCAGUUUGCCAUUUCCAUUGGAAAAGUCCGUGGGUUCCUGAGCAAAGAUGACAUUGUGAUUAUUGUGACUGGCUGGAGGCCUGGGUCUGGCUACACCAAUAUCAUGCAGGUGGUGAGGGUGCCGUAAGCCUGGCAGUACAACACUACUCACACCCUGUACCUGGGGUCCCCUGUACUAGUGGGGGUUUCCCUGUAUGUACCCAGUAUUUUAUCAAUGCAGGUUUCCUUUAUCUGCUUCCCAUUCCAUAUUAAACAUGGGCCAAAGCUUC